CUUCUCUUCCGAUUGGUUCUAAAAUUGAAAGUUCAAAAUGAAAGGUCAAGUGCAAGUGGCGGUGGCACCUUCAAAUCCAACUCCUUCGGACAUCACAAUACACAACUUGUCCUCUGUCAGGUUUUAGCUCAUUGUUGUGAACCCAGACGCAGUUUGUGAUUGAAUUGACAGAUAUGUCCCUCCUUAGUAGAUUCUUUUACAGAAGACCUCCUGAUGGAUUGCUUGAAUUUGUUGACAGAGUAUAUGUUUUUGAUUCGUGUUUUUCCACCGAAGUUCUACCCGUUGGAAUGUACCAAAUAUAUCUGCAUGAAAUUUUAACUGAGUUGCAUGAAGAGUUUCCUGAUUCGUCGUUUCUUGCGUUUAAUUUUCGUGAGGGUGAGAAGAGGAGUCAGUUUUCUGAAAUACUAUGUGAAUAUGAUGUUACUGUCAUGGACUAUCCGCGACAGUAUGAGGGUUGCCCUCUCCUUCCGUUGUCUUUGAUUCAACAUUUCCUUAGAGUUUGUGAGAGUUGGCUUAUGAUGGGGAAUAAUCAGAAUAUUAUUCUUCUGCAUUGUGAGAGAGGGGGUUGGCCGCUAUUGGCAUUUCUUUUGGCUAGUUUUUUGAUUUUCAGAAAGUUGCAUAGUGGAGAGCGUAGGACUCUUGAAAUUGUUCAUCGAGAGGCUCCUAAAGGUUUCUUGCAGCUUUUGUCUCCUUUAAAUCCGUUUCCAUCGCAGCUUCGUUAUCUUCAGUAUGUAGCUAGAAGAAAUAUUACUCCAGAAUGGCCACCUCCAGAGCGAGCACUUUCUUUGGAUUGUGUUAUUCUUCGAGCCAUUCCCAAUUUCGAUGUGCAAAAUGGAUGCAGGCCACUUAUUCGUAUUUUUGGUCGAAAUCUCCACAGUAGGGGUGGUCUUUCAACCCAAAUGCUCUUCUCCAUGGGCAAGAAGAAGAAGAGCCUUCGUCAUUACCGCCAGGCUGACUGUGAUGUGAUUAAAAUAGACAUACAGUGUUUGGUGCAAGGAGAUGUUGUAUUGGAGUUUGUCCAUUUGGACUUGGAUCCAGAAAGGGAAGUUAUGAUGUUUCGUAUAAUGUUUAACACUGCAUUUAUCCGAUCCAACAUAUUGAUGCUGAACUCUGAAAACUUGGACAUUCUUUGGAAUUCAAAGGAGCGGUAUCCAAAAGGUUUUCGUGCAGAGGUUUUGUUUGGGGAAGUUGAGAGCAUAUCCCCUCCAAAGGCUCCAACUACAAUUUUAAAUGGAGAGGAGAAAGGUGGAUUACCCAUUGAAGCUUUCUCUAGGGUUCAAGAACUUUUCAGUGAGGUUGAGUGGGUUGAUAACAGUGAUGAUGCUGCCCUGUGGCUACUUAAACAACUAUCUGUCUUAAGUGAUGCAAAAGAACUUUCAAGGCUGCAAAAUAGAGGAAGUUCAUAUACGUCACCAGUGGAUUCUGAAGAAGAAAGCACUGCAUCUUGCGUGGCUGAGGCUGAUAGUUUGGAUGAAGCAUUUGAUGUUUUUCUUAAGCCCUCAUCAGAUGCAGAGAAAUUACUGCCAUCAAAUACUGCUGAUUUAGUUACCUUAUCUUCUGAAAAUGGUGGUGCACACGAUGUUAUUGUUACUUCAGAACCUCUAGGUCAAGUGUCUGCUGAAACUGUUUUGCCUUCACUUCAUCCACAAUCAGUAGUUCCUACUGAAGGAACUUUACCUUAUUCCCCUCCAUCAGUAUCCCCACCUCCUCCUGUUCCCUACAUACCGGCCCCACCACCUCUGCCACCUUUAAUAUCUGAAGGAAUUCCCUUGUCAAUGUCUGCAGCGCCACCGCCUCCGCCGCCGCCGCCGCCGCCGCCACCACCACCACCACCACCACCACCACUACCCCCACCUUACUCGAAUGAUGUUGGUAGAUUCCCACCAAAUGUGCCGUCACCACCUCCUCUACCUGUGCUUUCUAAUAGAGAUUCUAUGCCACAUUUACCUCCAACUAACAAAAAAGGUCCUCCACCACCUAUUUUAUCUACCCUCCCACCACCCCCACCCCCACCACCACCACCACCUCUUCUUUUUAAUUCUUCCAAAGCCGUCCCAUCAACCCCACCACCUCCUCCCAAUUCUUCUACUGCUGUCCCACCAGCAUUGCCACCUACCCCACUUACAUUUAUAUCUAGUCAACCAUCUUUGCCACCACCGCCUCCACCUCCGCCUCCACCUCCACCUCCACCUCCACCUCCACCUCCGUCCUUGGGCAAUGCUAGUAACACACCACUGCCUCCACCAACCCCUGUACGACCUCCACCUCCACCUCCACCACCACCACCGCUUCUAACAUUAAAGUCUACUUCUAGUUCUAUACCUUCGACACCACCUCCACCACCACCCCCUACAAUAGGUCGUAAGCCUGGCAAUGCCCCUAGGCCACCUCCACCUCCACCUCCUUUAGGACCUACAAAGUCAGGUUCAAUCCCACCAUCUCCACCACCAGCACCCAAACUUCCUACUGCUCCUCCUCCUCCACCACCAACUCCUGGCAUGAUGCCAAGUCCUCCUGCACCACUUGGACCAAAAAACUCUACAGUGCCACCUCCACCGCCUCCAUCUAUUGGAAAGGGAAAAGUGACUUCAGGGCCAACAAGUCUUGGCAGAGGUCGGUUAGCCAGUGGAGGUGGUAUUGCCCCUAAGAAAACUUCAUUAAAGCCCUUACAUUGGGUGAAAGUUACUCGAGCAAUGCAAGGGAGUUUAUGGGCUGAUUCUCAGAAACAGGAUAAUCAGUCAAGGGCCCCUGAAAUAGAUAUAACAGAACUCGAAAGUCUAUUCUCAGCGGCUUCAGAUCCAAGUGGCGCUAACAAAGCUGGAGGUCGACGUGGUUCUAACAUCAAUAAACCUGAGAAAGUGCAAUUGGUUGACCUGCGUAGAGCAUAUAAUUGUGAAAUAAUGUUGACGAAAAUAAAAAUUCCUCUGCCAGAUAUGAUUAGUGCAGUUCUAGCUUUGGAUUCUUCUGCUCUAGAUAUUGAUCAGGUUGAGAACCUAAUCAAAUUCUGUCCCACUAAGGAAGAAAUGGAAAUGCUGAAGAAUUAUUCAGGUAACAAGGAAAUGCUUGGAAAGUGUGAACAGUUCUUCAUGGAGUUGAUGAAGGUUCCGCGGGUAGAAGCCAAGUUACGAGUUUUUUCCUUUAAAAUAACUUUUUGUAGUCAGGUUGAGGAUUUAAGACGAAACCUGAAUACUAUUAAUGGUGCUUCCAGAGAGGUAAAAGAAUCAGCAAAAUUGCGUCAGAUAAUGCAGACUAUCCUCACAUUGGGAAAUGCUUUGAAUCAAGGCACUGCACGGGGAUCGGCUGUAGGGUUCAAAUUGGACAGCCUUCUCAAAUUAUCUGAUACUCGUGCUAGAAACAACAAAAUGACUCUAAUGCAUUAUUUGUGCAAGCUUCUUGCUGAGAAAAUGCCAGAGUUGCUGGAUUUUGACAAGGAUCUUGUUCAUUUGGAAGCUGCAUCGAAGAUUCAAUUGAAAACUCUGGCUGAAGAAAUGCAAGCUGUAAGUAAGGGUCUUGAAAAGGUAGAGCAAGAAUUGUCAGCUUCAGAAAACGAUGGUGGCAUUUCUGUGGGCUUUCAGAAGGUGUUGAAAAAUUUUCUUGAUACUGCUGAAGCUGAUGUAAGGGCACUUAUAUUCUUAUAUUCUGAAGUGGGGAGAAAUGCAGAUUCAUUGUCCCAGUACUUUGGGGAGGAUCCGGCUCGGUGUCCUUUUGAGCAAGUGACACAGAUCUUGGUUGUUUUCGUUAAGAUGUUCAAAAAGUCACGGGAGGAGAAUGAAAAGCAGGCUGACGCUGAAAAAAAGAAACUGGAGAAGGAAGCCAUGAAAGAAAAGGCAGCGGCUAAUUUAUCUGCAAAGAAAGAUGGCGUCGAUACUGAUAAGUCAAGACAUAAUAUUCAAAUUCAGAAAUAGACUCCCUAAUACACCUGAAUGAAUGCGAGCACAUAUUCUAAGCAAUAUGCAAGAGUGGCAUUAAGGAUUCAGAACACAUAUUCUUAGCAAUAUGCAAGAGUGGCAUUAAGGAUUCAGAACACAUAUUCUUAGCAAUAUGCAAGAGUGGCAUUAAGGAUUCAAAAACAGGAUGCUGAACUUGCUUGUGGCAUUGUGCGGCUUUUUCCCACUGUCAGUUUUGUAGCUAAGAACCAGGCAAGUUUCACUUCUUUCUUGCAGUCAACCUCCGAAGAGAGUCGAAAUCUUCCAUGAAUGCUCAAAAUGUUAAGAUGGGGUCUUUCCAGAAUAUUAUAUUUUGAGUUGUAAAUGGUAUACAUAAAAGACAAAUCCCACUCUGUAUUAUUACAGUGGAGAAGUAAAAAUUUUCAGGAAUUCAAAGUCUUCACAAUUUAUUGUUGAA